GUCCUGCAUCAUGGUUCUGCAACCACACUCCAUAGCCAUGGACAGAGAUUCAACCCGAGAGGUGUUCCUGGGACUGGGAGCCGAGGAUGCUGCUGAAGUAUUCGAGCACAUCCCGUCCAACAAAGACCCCAACUGGUGCAAAACCCCUACUGGGCACAUCAAGAGACCCAUGAAUGCCUUCAUGGUGUGGUCUCAAAUCGAGAGACGAAAGAUUAUGGAACAGUGGCCUGACAUGCACAACGCGGAGAUCUCUAAGCGUCUCGGAAAACGUUGGAAACUGCUCCCGGAUUACGAGAAAAUUCCCUUCAUCAAGGAAGCAGAGAGGCUGCGUUUGAAGCAUAUGGCUGACUACCCUGACUACAAGUAUCGUCCCAGAAAGAAGAGUAAGUCCUCCAUGCCUGUCAAAAACAAACUCCCAGUGAAAGCCAUCAAGCCUCAUUCAGGUCGAUCAACUUCGAGCAGCUUCACCAGCAAAGGUCUCAAAGUGAAACCAAACUCUUCAAAACAGAAAAUAAACUUCAGCAGCAAUAAAUACAAACGCUACACCCAGAGCAUGAGUGAUGAUGACAUGGUGGAUAUAAGUCUGGCAAGUCCAGGGACUUUGCAGGACAAUCAAAACCAGACAACUUUCGCCGACCUCCAUCGUCAGUCCAGCUUUCCUCCGGAGGACCAGCAACCUGGAAUCAGAGCGCCCAGCAGUCCGUCCGACGCAGGCUCUCAUAUAAACACGGCGGCCAGAGAGUCACAGGGGUCUAACUCGGUCAGAUCCUCCACGCCAAGCUCCACCAGCUUCGCGUCGUCUGUAUCUUCGGACGAGGAACUCGACGAAGAAAUCCUGCAUAUCAUAUCCAACACGAACUUCGACAGCGUGCCGAUGGACUGCUCCAACCUGGACAAGGACUUUGAAGCCUUUCACGCCCACUCAGGAUCCCACUUUGAUUUUCCAGACUACUGCACUCCAGAGGUGAAUGAGAUGAUUUCAGGAGACUUACUGGUACCAAGUAUCUCUGACUUGGUGUUCACUCACUGA